GCAGAGACCAGUAGCAGUUGUUCGUGGGCUUUGCUCACCCAGUGUUUUCUGUUCAUCCAGUACUCCAAAAGUGUUCUCCACACACUUCUUGUGGGCAGAGCACCAUAAUAAACAGGAGAGUGUACCAAGGGAAAAAAAAGUGGAAAAAAAGUGGGUACAAGGGAGACAGGAAAAGGGUUUUAACGCGAAGUGACCACAGAGGACAAGGAAAAGAAAGUGGAUAGUACAUUGUGUGACUUUCUCCUUUGCCACAAAUUGAACAUUUCUUUGUGGAUUGGAUAUUUUUGUUAGGGGUAGGGUGUGCAGUGUUUGGGACCUAGUGAGUGUGAGUUAUGAAAAGACAUGAAGGAAAAUUUGCACGGAAUCUCGAUCGCCAUCUUAUGAAGGAAAAUUUUUACUUGGAAGAGAGUUGAAGGGAAUAGGAUUUUGUGCAGGAAAAAGGAGAAGAAAUAAAAGGUUGUUUUUCGUGUGGAUUACGUGCUUCUGGGAGAUAUUUUGGCUGACGGGGGAAAUGUUCGACAUUCACAAUGGAAAGACGGAAUUUUCAUAUUAAAUCACUCACCAUCAUCGAUUUCUGCCAGCUCGCAUGAACCACCCAAAUGACACUCUAACAUUUAUAUGCUUAAAUUGACUUUUUCCCUCUGAAUUUUGGUGUGUAUACGUCUCAGGGGUAUAUGCAAUCAAAUGGAUAGAAAAUCGUGAUUUGCACAAGAGACAGAAUAUCUGAUUAAGUGGCUUCUUGCUGGAAAAUCUGAGGGAAAACUUGGUCGAUUGGAAAGAUUUAACGGAGACUGAGAAGAAGGGAGAGAUACCAUCCUUCAGGACUCCUGGGAAGACGAAAGAAAAUUACAUUUGGAUUUUUUAUUGCAACGAGAAAAUCCAGAGUCAAGAGUGUCACAGGGAGGUGAAAUUUUCCAUCUUUGUGCCCCAGAGUUUGGUGUAUUUGUGUGUGUGAAUUUUCCAGAGGGGUGGAAAAGCUGAUGAGAAAAAAAAGCUCAUGAGGAAAAUGCUACGAGUUGCCCAAUACAUUCAACCACCCAUCUCCGACGAAUUUACACAAUUUGUGGAUACUUAUCGGGAAAAAUAGCUAAAUUAAUUUAAUACCUCGUGCCAUUUUUAGUCGUAUUUGUGAUUUUUGCUGCUUACGUGGAAGGAAAAAAAAAGCUUUCUUUAUCCUCUUUUGGGAGUCCUCCUCUUGAGAGCUUUUCUCACUUGUUCUAUGUGCAAAUCUGAACUGUUUUUUUGGGCUUUUUGAUUUGGCAGAUAAAAAAAAGGAGGAAAAACACCCGUGAAAAUCAUCAUAAAGGGCGCUGUAGGAAAAUAAAAGCCUUGUACAAAUUUAUCAUUGUUAUCAACUGUUGACAAAGAGAGAGGUGAGAGAGGAUUGAAUGUGUGAAAAGUGAAGGUUGCUAUUGAAAAUGAAAAUCUCUUAUACCGUCCAAGCAUUACAUAAUUUCCCAUGGUAAAUUAGUAAAAAUGUUAAAGUAAAAUCGAAGGAGAAAAGAAGCAGCUAAAACAGCUUUUACCUCCUGAAUACAGUUUCAGAAGAAAAAUUUAAAAAAAAAAGAGAAGGGAAAAACUAGUGAAAAUUCAUUGGAUUUUGCAGCAUUUUCCCAUACAAAAAGACCAAAGUCUUAAAGCUUGGCUAUAUAUAUCGAUAGUGGGUCCAAAUAAAUCUAACACCAAGUGGUAUGAUAUGCGUGGAAAAUGUGCCAGAGAGCUUAAGGAGAAAAUUGCUGCGGAUUUUCUUUUCUCAUUGAUGAAAAUGUGUGCGACAAUUGAAGCUGGUCUUCUGCCAUCCAUCCAAAUUUGAAGGGGAAAAACAAGACAAAAAAAGCUGCAGAAGGGACUGGAGAAAACCCACCCCAAAGGUUGCAAGUGAAAAAGCGAGCAUAGGGAAAUUUUCUAUUCCCAUUCCAAAGCAUUGCACACAAUUUCCACAGACGGCGCCAGGGGUGAAAGUUGCUCCGAAUUUAAAAGUUGGCGGCUGUCGCGAGGAGAGUCGCAAGGGGCGGUGUGUUGAAUGUUGUGCUAGAAAAUGCAUCAUAAAUCAAUAGGGAAACCAGUGAAAAAAAUCCAUUAUACUUCUCAAGUAUUAAAUUAUGGUGAUUUUAGUGCAAUUACACUAACUUUAGUCACGUGAAAGUGUGUUAAGGGAGGCUGAAAUAAAAAUAAAAAAAACGAACGUUAGAACACUUAAAUUGCACUAGUUCCACUAAAAGUGUGACAAUUGGUGAAAGGGUGUGCUAUCCUGGAGGAAGAACACUGUAAAUAGAGGAUACUAUUAGACCGGGAGGACAUUUUUAGGGGUCAUUUGAAUGUGGUGCUGUGCUAAGGGGGUGCGCCAAAUGCGCCCCCGAUGAUCCUGUUUUUUGCUAGCUGAAAAGCUCGCAUCAUACACCCCCAAAGCGUGGGUGGAUAGCCUAUCUCACAGAGAAUUAUCCACCCUCUGCCCUCCGAUCCCAACACGACCCCCGUAAAGAAGCUCAAUUGGAUUUAGAAGUCAACUAUAGGUCUUGAACGAGAUAUCGUGUGAAAAUAUUCAUUUUUUGUGGUCAGCAAAAAGCAACUGUGAAAGCAACCCAAGCCUUAAGUGGAAAUUUCUUCCGGGAGAAAAUCCACUUAAAGCCCCAUACCUCUAGAGAUUUUCUUCACAAAAAAAAAAAAUCUCGCCCGUGUAAAUAUCAGGAGAAAGGUGUAGGUAAGAAUACAACAAAAAAAAGGGCUUAAGAUUAGAAUAGAAAGAGGUUAGUGAUAUGGCUGACGAACCGCCAGUUGACGAGAGAACAUUUAAGGAAAAAUUAUUGUUCUACACAACAGCAUUUUUCAUCCUUCUCGGAACAUUUAGCUUAUUUGCAUUUCUCUUUCUCGUACCAUUUGUGAUUGAUCCUGCCUUUACCACAAUCUUUAUGCAAUUCGACACAAAUCCCGCGCUAUGUACAACAGUUGAUACAGUGUACUUGCGCGGGAAUAAAAAUUGCACCUGGACAUCCUGCCGGGAAGGAUGCACCAAGGAUAUCUAUGAGUGUCUACAGAUUAGUGUCAACUAUCGCAUUAUGCCCAAUAAUACAAAUUAUACCGGACUGGAUCUGGCUACACUGCCCGAGCCACUGCCUGAUCCAGAAGCCCUUAGGGCACAGCGGCGAAAACGUGCCAUCCGGGAGUACGAUUAUGCCGAUAGUGAGGAACAGAAGGGUGCAGAUGGGAUGAAUGGAGGUGUUAAUCCUGCCACUGGGAUCAUCGAAGUGGACUACUCAGAUAUUAUUGACAUGGAACAGGGUGAAGAUGGCAAUAGAUCUGACUAUUGGUCCUUCACCUUCGCCGAACUGUAUCCCAACGUUAAGGGCUGCGGAUACCCACCGUCACUCAAUUGUACCAUCUGGACGAAGACAUACAAACAGAUCGGAGCGAACUUUACAUGCUACUACUCAAAGGUCAAACCCAAUCUCGUCAUCACGCACCUGGACAUGUGGCAGAAUACCCUGAAUCUCAUCUACAGUAUGGCCAUUCCGAUUCCCUCCUUCAUCAUCUCCGUGAUUUACCUCACAAUAGCAUACUUUAAGAUCUACAAUGAGGACGAGGAAGCAGCUCCAUUAGACAAGAAUGCCGAAGGAAUGGCUGGCGAGGAGGAGGAUGCAGAGGAUGGGAUCGUGGAAGAUGUGGAUGCUGUAGUAUUAGAAAAUGGAACGGCUGGGGAAGGUGUGUCGUCAUCACUGCCAAAUGGAACGACACCACUUACAGCAUCAGGACACCUUUUGUCCUCAAACACAGACAUUGCGUCCUUCGGACACCAGCUCAAAGUGAAGAUGGCCGAUGAGAUGUCUCGUGAGAGCAUCGACGGUGGACUCCUUUCCAACUCAGCCAGCUUUCAAGGAAACUUGAGCAAGACGAUGACGACGAGUAUCUCAACUCCUCCUGGGCCGAUAGCAGCAGUCUGAAGAGGCAGGUUCAUGGGCUUGACAACAUCAAGUUCAACUACGGCAAGAAAUAAAUCAUUCUUCAGAUGCUCAAGUGGAGGACUUUGCCAGAGCAAUGCGUCACAAUUUUGGCUGAGCCUUGGAGCAAGAAGCGCAAUUUUUUGAAGAAAAAAAAAUUACCAAUUGUGAAAAAUUAAAAAAAAAGAUUUUCAUGUCAUCACACAUAUUUUUAUUCUAAAAAAAAGCUAUAUUAAAAAAAAAUAAACAAACAUGAGCUUUGUGAGAAGCUUCUUGGAUAAAACUUAUUGUAAAAGGGGAAAAGGAGUGUGAAAAACUUUAUAUUUGAUGCCAGAUUUUUCAUUCAAAAGUCUUUUAAUUCUCACACGAAAAAAAUCGCAGCAAUUUAUCAGUGUUUAUGCCAUGCAACAUUUCACUAAAUUAUAUUUAAUGAAGAGGAAAAGCGUGAAGAAAAUAAAAACACAGAAGAAAUUAUAAGAAAAGUUCUUUGGCGAAUUGGAGUCAAUGUGAACAUGAAGCUUUUUUCCAGACAAUUGUCUCAUUGCGCCCUUUUUCAUUCCUACAUAGUUACAAUUUUAUUACUCAAGAAUUAUGUGGUAUCCUCUUACAAAAAAAAACAUUGGUAUAUUAAGAAAAUUGCAGGAAGUGUAGUAAUUGGAAAAAAUUACUGAAAAACGGAAAAGUUAUAAACGGAAGAAUGUCUCGGUGAAAAGAUAAUGGCAAAUAUUCAAUUUCAAAUUUAUUCCUCUAACAAAAAAUUGAAUUAUUAAUUAUAGUUAUGUAAAUAUUGGAACAGUGAGCUCUUAAUUCUAAAAAAAAACAAAUCUCUUAUAAGGCAAAUUUCUUGCGAAUACUUUGAAUAAAUAUUGGGAGGAUAAGAGGAAGACUUUGCACAACGAAAAAGACGUUUAUUGUUAAAUUUCCUUCUCAACCAAAAAUUCACCAUUGAAAAAUUCCUUUCAGAACAAAAUAAAAAUGGUUUAAUUUAACAUGACUAAAAUGUGUAUUGUGAAAAUUUGCCCUUCGAGCAUUACCAUACAGAAAAUUGAACAGGAAAAAUGGGUUGGGAAUGAGGAAAAGCACCAUCAUCGAUUUAUCGGCUUUUUCCACUUUAGUUCUCUCUUUCAUCAUUCAAUAAUGAAUCAAGUUUGGAAAAUGGAAAAGACAAAAGAGGAAAAAAAAUGUAGAGCACUCAUUUUUAAUUCUUUUGAAAACUUCAAUAUCAUCUAAUCUCAACUUGUGGGGGUUCUAUUUCAAAAAGAAGGGAGGGAGAACAGAGUGGAAAAUUGUUGUUCAGAAAUAGAUAUACAAUCCAAGGUUUGUAAUUUUAUUUAAUCCUCCUACAAAUCAUCCUACACAUCAAGUGAAAUCAGAAGAUAGAAAAGUCAUGGAUGAAGCUCAUGAAAAAUCCCCCACAAAAGAAGAAGAAAAAAAAAUGUGAGAAAAUAUAAAACCUUUUGUUGAAUUUCCCAACGCAACGCCCACGAAAAAAAAAUUAAGAAAAAAAAAUAGAUGCAGAUGAUUUAGAAAUGAAGAAAAUUUAUUCAACUGACGUGCAUUUUUAGAUAAAUAUUAACUAUUGGAACUAUUUAAAAAAAAACAAUGAUGAAAAGCAAAAAAAGAGAAAAAAAAUCUUUACUAUAUUGAAUUUUAAGAGAGUCUAGCUAAACGUGAAUGAGAAAACUUUUAAAUAAAAAAAAACAAAUUUCUUUGACGAAAAGAGAUCCCUUUAAUUAAACUGAAAGGCAAUUUAGAAAAUAUGACUUGUAUUAUUAAAAGAAAAACAAAACUAUUUCAAGAAAAGAACUGUUAAUGGUGUGUAUUUUGAAUGAUGAAAAAAAUUGCUUUUUAAUUGCUAUUAAAUAUACAUAAUAGAAAAAAAAUGAGAGAAUGUGCAAAAAGUGAAGGAAUAAAUUCAAAAUUAUUAUGAAAAAAAAUGAAAUGAGAAGAACAACAAUAAAAAUCGUGAAAGCUU